GAUGGACAACACCGCCUGCUUGAAAUCGUUGCUCCUGACCAUCAGUCAGUACAAAGCCGUUAAGUCCGAAGCCAACGCCACCCAGCUUUUGCGGCACUUGGAGGUAGUUUCUGGACAGAAGCUCACACGAUUGUUUACAUCAAAUCAGAUAUUGCCAAGUGAAUGUUUGAGCUGCCUAGUAGAACUGCUUGAAGAUCCAAAUAUAAGUGCUCCCCUAACCUUGAGUAUUACCAGUUUGCUGUCUCAAUUAGCUUUAGACCAUGAAACCAAAGAUUGUCUUCAGAGUGCAUACAAUCUGAAUAGCGUGCUAGCAGGGGUGGUGUGUCGGAGCAGUGCUGGCCACAACGAGUCCGUGUUUUUACAGUGUAUUCAACUUCUGCAGAGGUUAACAUAUAAUGUCAAAGUUUUCCAUUCUGGUGCCAAUAUAGAUGAGUUAAUUACUUAUCUGAUAGAUCACAUCCAGUCUCCUGAAGAUGCGUUAACAAUGCCUUGUCUGGGAUUAUUGGCAAAUCUUUGUCGGCACAAUCUUUCCGUUCAAACGCAUAUUAAGACUUUGAGUAAUGUGAAAGCUUUUUAUCGAACUCUUAUAACCUACUUGGCCCAUAGUAGUUUAACUGUGGUUGUGUUUGCACUUUCAAUACUAUCCAGUUUGACAUUAAAUGAAGAGGUUGGGGAAAAGCUGUUCCACGCCCGAAACAUUCAUCAAACUUUUCAGUUAAUAUUUAAUAUUCUUGUAAACGGUGAUGGUACACUAACUAGAAAGUAUUCAGUUGACCUGCUGGUGGACCUCCUUAAAAAUCCAAAAAUUGCUGAUUAUCUUACCAGGUAUGAGCACUUUUCUUCAUGUCUUAAUCAAGUAUUAGGCCUUCUUAAUGGGAAGGACCCUGAUUCUUCUUCAAAGGUUUUAGAAUUACUUCUUGCCUUCUGUUCAGUGACUCAGCUGCGCCACGUGCUCACUCAGAAGAUAUUUGAACAGGCUCCGUCUGGCAACACCGGCCUGGGAAGCCGUUCUAAAUGUUUAGAACCCACUGUGGCUUUACUCCGUUGGUCAAGCCAACCUCUGGAUGCUUCAGAAAACUGUUCUAAUUUAGCAUUACAGUUGUUCAAGGAAAUAUUUGAGGAUAUCAUAGAUACUGCUUCCUGUUCCUCAGCCGAUCAUUUUGUGAACCUUUUGCUGCCUACGGUCCUUGACCAACUUCAAUUUACAGAACAAAAUUUAGAUGAUACCUUAAUGAGGAAAAAAUGUGAAAGGAUGAUCAAGGGCAUCGAAAUUUUUUUAACUCUCUGUGGAGAGGAUGCUCUCAAAAUGCAUGUUGCAAAAUGUCUGACCACUGUCAAGUGUACUACUCUGAUAGAACAGCAAUUUACAUACGGCAAGAUUGACCUGGGGUUUGGAACAAAGGUAGCAGAUUCUGAACUGUGCAAACUCGCUGCUGAUGUGAUUUUGAAAACUCUUGAUUUGAUGAACAAACUUAAGCACUUGGUUUCUGGUAUGGAAGUAAGCUUCUACAAAAUCCUUCAGGAUUCUCGUCUAAUUACUCCAUUAGCUUUUGCUUUAACAUCAGAUAAUAGAGAACAAGUACAGUCUGGACUGGAAAUAUUAUUGGAAGCUGCACCACUCCCAGAUUUUCCUGCGUUAGUACUUGGAGAGAGCAUAGCAGCAAAUAAUGCCUACAGGCAGCAGGAGACAGAACAUGCCCCCAGAAAAAUAUCUUUGCAGUCCAUGAACCACAACUUGACACCUCCAGUUUUAAAAGAUAGCAUUCCUGGAUUGAACAUUGAAGAAUUAAUAGAGAAGCUUCAGUCGGGAGUGGUGGUAAAGGAUCAGAUUAAUGAUGUAAGGAUUUCUGACAUAAUGGAUGUAUAUGAGAUGAAAUUGUCCACUUUAGCUUCCAAAGAAAGCAGGCUACAAGAUCUUUUAGAAGCAAAAGCUCUGGCCCUUGCACAGGCCGAUAGACUGAUCGCUCAGUAUCGCUGUCAAAGAACUCAAGCAGAGACCGAGGCGCGGACACUUGCUAACAUGUUGAGAGAGGUCGAGAGGAAAAACGAGGAGCUUAGUGUGCUGCUGAAGGCGCAGCAGGUGGAAUCAGAAAGAGCCCAGAAGGACAUCGAGCAUCUCUUCCAACAUAAUAGGAAGUUAGAGUCUGUGGCUGAGGAACAUGAAAUACUGACAAAAUCCUACAUGGAACUUCUUCAGAGGAAUGAAAGUACAGAAAAGAAAAAUAAAGAUUUACAGAUCACAUGUGAAUCUCUGAAUAAACAAAUUGAGACAGUGAGAAACUUGAAUGAAUCCCUCAAGCAACAAAAUGAAAAAACUAUUGCUCAGUUAAUCGAGAAAGAAGAACAAAGAAAAGAAGUACAGAACCUACUAGUUGACCGAGAACGUAAACUAGCAAACUUGCAACAAAAAGCAGCAUUACAAGAUGAAAAGAUUAAAGCCUUACAGAAAGAAAGGGAAGAUCAGGAAGAAACCAUUGACAGUCUUAGGAGAGAAUUAAGCAGAACAGAGCAAAUAAGGAAAGAGUUGAGCAUUAAGGCUUCCUCCCUAGAAGUCCAAAAGGCCCAAGUAGAGGGCCGUUUGGAAGAGAAAGAAUCUCUGGUGAAGCUUCAACAAGAGGAGCUCAACAAACACUCUCACAUGAUAGCUAUGAUCCACAGUUUAAGUGGCGGAAAGAUAAGUCCAGAAACUGUCAACCUCAGUAUAUAGGCAUUAUGGCAUUGUGGAGUUUUUAAUCUAAUGACAUUUCUGAUGUAUUUAUUUAUCUUUUGUGGAGCAGGGGUGGUAAUUGUGACUCCAAAACAUUAGGGAAUUAUUGUGUAAUGAGUAAUUUAGUAAAGAUGCUGAUCUGAUACAUGUUUUUAUUUGUUUUUUUGAAUAGAGAAAUCUUUAAAGUUC